CAAUUAAUCAAAAUUAAAUAAACAAUUAGAUUAAAAUUUCCAAACUUUUGUAACAUCACUUUAUAUAUAAUAAUUUAUUCCACACACACAAAGAAGUCUUCGUGUCUUCAAGAAGGAGCUUCAGCCCUUUUUUUUUUUUUUUUUUUUUUUUUUUCCCAUUAAUUUAUAUUGCACUCUCUAUAAAACCUGUAGUAGUCUUUGUAGUUUAACAGUAGUUCUACCCAAAAAAAAAAUUACCUUCCAAUUUCUUUUUUUCUUGUAGAAAAUUCAGAGAUGGCUUCAUCUUCUGUUUUAUUCAGCUCCCAAAUCUCUCUCUCUCUUAGGGUUGACAGCCCAUGUAAAAAUAUCAAGAACAGCAAACUAUUUGGGCAACAACUAGUCGGAAAAUCAAGAACCAUCUUCAUCACUAGACCAAAUCUUGUUAAAGAUACUCUCUUCAGAAAAAUCUCUCCAGUAUAUGCUUCAUGGAUGCCAUGUUCACAGAUAGCUAAUGGGGCUUUCACAUUAGGAACAGCAGCUGUUCUUCCCUUUUACACCUUCAUGGUUGUAGCACCUAAAGCAGAGCUUACAAAGAAAUUAGUGUCAAGCAGUGUGCCUUACAUGGCUCUUGGACUACUGUACGCAUAUCUAUUAUAUCUAUCAUGGACACCUGAUACCAUGCGCCUCAUGUUUGCUAGUAAAUACUGGCUACCAGAGCUUCCAGGUAUAGCUAAGAUGUUUUCUACUGAGAUGACAUUAGCUUCUGCUUGGAUUCAUUUGCUAGCUGUAGAUCUUUUUGCUGCAAGACAGGUUUAUUACGACGGACUGCAAGAAAACAUCGAGACACGACAUUCGGUUACACUUUGCCUCCUGUUUUGUCCGAUCGGAGUUCUCUCUCAUUUCAUCACUAAAGCUCUAACCAGAGCCAGAGAUUAAAGAGAAGCAUGGAAUUCUAACACUAUUUAGUAACACCCUACAGUCUGUACAUCUUAUAAUUCUCAUGUACUGUAAGGAAGAAAAAAAAACAAGGCAUGUAAUAAUAUCUUUGCCUUUUUUAAACAACUAGUAAGCAAUUAAAAUUACCUGUAGUGUGGAUGAAUAUACAAGAUUUCUU